AUGAGGAUAUUGAAUGUUGCGGAAAAACCUUCUGUUGCGAAAUCGAUAUCACUGGUGUUGUCUAGUUCGUUGAGCAUCAAGAGGGGACUGCAUCAAUGCUGUCCGAACAUACAAUUUGACAAUGGAAACGAGAUGGUUUUCACAAGUGUGCUAGGACAUCUGUUUUCGAGCGACUUUGAGAGCAAGUGCCGAUGGAAUGAAAUUGAUCCCGAGCAGCUGUUUACAGAAAGGAUUGUGAAAUAUGUGCAGCCUGAUUUCAUGCGCAUUAAGGAGAAUAUUGAGAGAGAGGCGCAGAGAGCGGACAUGGUUAUUAUAUGGACGGAUUGCGACCGAGAGGGAGAGAAUAUUGGACGGCAGAUAAGGGAUGUGGUGUAUGGAGUAAAGCGGAUCCAAGUGAGGAGAGCAAGGUUUUCAGGGAUUACACGAAAGGAUGUACAGAAUGCGCUUGACAAUCUGGAGGAUGUGAAUGAAGCUGAGGCAGAUGCGGUGGACUCGAGGAUUGAGCUUGAUUUACGAAUAGGUUCAGCAUUUACAAGAUUACAGACACUGUCGAUUGGAAGUGAGUGCAAGGAUAAGAAGAUUUUGAGUUUUGGACCAUGCCAGAUACCUACGCUAGGAUUUGUGGUUGAACGAGCAAGGGAAAGGGAGAAGUUUAUUUGUGAAGCUUUUUGGACACUGAGGUAUAUAGUGAAGAACGAAGGACGUGAGAAUAUGUUUUUGUGGAGACGAGGAUCUGUGUUUGAUAGGAAUUGUGUGAUUUAUUUUUUUAGGCGAUUGGAAAAACAAGAGGCAAGGAUAGUGUCUAGGAAGGUUAUAGAGAGAACCAAGUAUAAGCCACUGCCAUUGAGAACUGUUGAGCUGCAGCGUAAGUGCUCGAGCUAUUUCAAGAUGAGCGGGCACAUGAUUAUGGAGAUAGCGGAAGGAUUGUACAAUAAGGGAUAUAUUAGCUAUCCAAGGACUGAGACGGAUGUUUUUGACAAGAAAUUUGAUUUUAUGCAUGUUAUUCUGAAGAUAUGUAAGGAUUCAAAAGUUGGAGUUCAUGCAAGUAAGCUGAAAGAUGGGUUUAAGCACCCACGAAGUGGAAAGAACAAUGACAUGGCGCAUCUACCGAUAUAUCCAUUGAGGGAUGGCGAAGGACUGAGUGGAAAAGACAGGGAUGUGUAUGAGUUUGUGUGCAGAAGGUUUUUGGGAUGCCUGAAUGAUGAUGCAAAAGGCUUAGAGACGUGCUAUGAGAUGAUGGUUGGAGAUGAGGUGUUUGAGAUGAAAGGACUGCAGGUUGUUGAGAGGAACUAUCUGGAGGUGUAUUACUAUGAGAAAUGGGACGAGAAGGAAGUGAGUGCGUUUGUAGAAGGAGAGGUAGUGAAGGGAAAUAUGAGUGUAGAAGAAGGAAAGACAAGUGCGCCUGAGUAUUUGAAUGAAGCUGAGCUGAUAAGUUUAAUGGACAAGAAUGGGAUAGGGACUGAUGCAACAAUACAUGAGCACAUUCACAAGAUUCAGGAAAGAGGAUACGCUAGAAGGGUUGGUGAGGAAAUACGACCUUUGAGUCUUGGAACAGCGCUUAUUGAUGCGUAUGAGAUGUUUGGACUGGAAGUGAGCAAGUCCAAGUUGAGGAAGGAGCUUGAGCAGAAGCUGAAGGAGAUAUCAUCUGGAAGAAUGGAAGGAAGAAAUGUUGUUGAGAAUGAGAUUUUAGUGUACAAGAGAAUAUAUGGUGUUUUGAAGAGGAAUAUUGCAGAGUUUGCGAGAGUGGUUAUUAAAGGAAUUGAUUGUGAGGAGAAGCCUAUGAAGGAAGAAAAAAGCCGAAGAGGAGAAGAAAGGAAGUUUGUGAACUAUUCUAAUGAAAAUACUGAAAAGCGAGUUGUUAAAGAGAAUGUGAGGAAUGGCAGUUUUAAGACAAGUGAUAUAAAGGGAAUGAAAGUCAAGGAGGAAGUUGGACAAGUGAAGAAGAGUGAGGGGAGUUCAAAGAAGAUUUGCGAGUGUGGGGUAGAAGGGAAGGUUUUGGAGGUGAAGCAGGGAAGCAAUUCAGGAAGGAAGUUUUACUGUUGUGGUAGGUAUCCGAAGAUGUGUUAUUUCUUUGAAUGGAUGGAUGAUCGAGUUGAUGGAAUGAGAAAGGAAGCAAAUGAAGGGAUUAAGUGUCAUUGUGGAUAUGAGCCACAGCUUUUGACUGCAAAUACUGAGAGCAACAAGGGAAGGAAGUUUUACAAGUGUAAGAAGGUUUACAAGCCAUGUAAGUUUUUUGAAUGGGAGGAAUAA